UUAAAAUGUCACUAGACACUCAAGAUUUCUAUCUACGAUAUUAUAUUGGACAUAAAGGAAAGUUUGGACACGAAUUUUUGGAAUUUGAAUUUAGACCUGAUGGAAAAUUGAGAUACGCAAAUAAUUCCAACUAUAAGAAUGACACAAUGAUCAGAAAAGAGGCCUAUGUUCAUACAUCAGUAUUGCAGGAAUUGAAGCGCAUCAUUCAAGAUUCUGAAAUUAUGGCAGAAGAUGACAGCUUAUGGCCUCCAGCAGAUCGAGUUGGUAGACAGGAACUAGAAAUUCUGAUUGGUGACGAGCAUAUCUCAUUCACAACAUCGAAAAUUGGUUCAUUGUUGGAUGUUGAUCAGUCAAAAGAUCCAGAAGGCUUAAGAUUGUUCUAUUAUCUUGUGCAGGAUCUGAAAUGCUUGGUAUUUUCGCUCAUUGGAUUACAUUUUAAGAUUAAGCCAAUAUAAAUCUAUUUAAAUGUCCAAUUUAUUAUCACUUAACUUACAAUAAUAUAAUAACUUGAUUUUGAUUACUU